UUUUAUAGGCACUGUAUUACAUUACUGUGUGGAUAAAUCUUGAAACACUGUGAACACUGAAUACACUGAAAUACUGUAUUUCUUUUUAUCUGCAGAAUAAGACAUCUCCAUCUGAGGUGGUGCAGUGGUCCAACCAUCGUGUGAUGGAAUGGUUGAGGUCAGUGGAUCUGGCUGAAUAUGCUCCAAACCUGAGAGGCAGCGGUGUUCAUGGAGGCUUAAUCAUCCUGGAGCCUCGCUUUCAUUCUGAGACCUUGGCCAUGCUGCUCAACAUCCCUCCACAGAAGACCCUCCUAAGACGCCACCUCACCACUAACUUUAACACACUGGUGGGGCCUCAGGCCCAGCAGGAGAAACAGGAGUUUGCCAACGCCAGUGGGCAUACACCCCUUACCACCACUGCCAAAGUCAGGCCAAAGAAGCUUGGUUUUACUCAUUUCCGACAACUAAGAAAGCUCAGGAUGGAUGAAUCAGCAGAUUAUAUCUGCCCCAUGGAUACAUGGAACCCACCAGCCAUGAGUGGGACACCAAAGCGGCGAUAUGGAAGCUUCAGGGGGAUCCUGGCCAGAGAUUCAGACAGACUGGAGCAAGUUGGGUCUAAGAACUGAUUCACUGCUUCUUCAAUUCAGCCAUUCUUAGCCAAACAAGGACGUACUGCCAGCACUACAGUAACUCCACCCUGCUGCUUGAAGUACUUCAGCAUUAACACCAUCAAUCAGGAGAAGCCCAGAACUGAUACUAAAGUGUAUCAUCUGUACAUGCUGGAAAUUAUUGACCAUGGGCUCUGAAAAACAUGGGGAUUUUAUUGUUAUUAUUAUUAUUAUUUUUUUUAUUAUUAUUAUUAUUGUCUGUCUUUAGGUAGUUCCAAUGCUGAAAUACCACCUUGACAACUUGAUAUGAGUUUCUAGAUUUUAUUACUUUUAAUAAAUAAUUUACAACUAUCCUUAAAAUGUAUAAAUUAUUUUAUUACCUUAAAAAAUGUUUUUAAAAUGACCAAUAAACUGUUUCUUUAUUUUUCUCUUGCUUUUAUGCUACGAAAAGGUAAUGUGUAGUAAAACAUGUAUUACAUUUUGAAAUU